AUGAGUUCGCCUUUCUUACCGGAUAACGAAAGCUAUUAUUCUUCUUAUAAAGUUCAAGCGGAACUCAAUAGUUAUUAUAAAUUAUCAUGUCAUUUUAUACCAUUUCUCACAUUACCAAUUUAUAGAAGCCUUUUAUUGUGUGUAUCAUAAAUGUAAACAAUUCAGUCCAAAUUAUGUGAAUAUUCUGAAGUUUCAUCUGUUUUUACACUUGUUCGGUGAAAUAUACUGGACAGUCCUCCUGAUUCCAAUAAUUAUCCUUCCAAGUAUUGGAAUUUCUACAGAAGGAUUUUUGAGUGAUUUGAAAAUUGAUGGGAGAUACCAGCUAUUUGUUAUGUGUGGAAUACUACAACUUAGCACUACCACAAUGAUUCACUCAUUGAUUUAUAGACUUAAAUUUGCAAUUCCUCCAGAUGCGAAAUACAAAACAUUGGUGAAAGUUGCAGCUGAUGUUCUGAACGCGUUCUUUUACUUAACAUCGGUUCUUUGUACAUGUGCCAUUGGAUAUAUGAACGAGGAUCAAAAGUUUGCAAAGAAUAGAAUAAUUGAGAAAUUUCUAGUUCCGCCUCCAAACCUUUGGGAUGACAACUAUGUGACAACUGAUCGAGAAAACCCAAAUCUCAAGUAUUAUAUGUAUGUAACGGUUGUAGAAAUAAUAAUACUUUCUAUCAACGUCAUUGCCGUUCCUGCUAUUGCUUUUCAUUUUCUAUCCAAAAAUCGAACUGAAAAAUCGGAAAAACUUGCCGAAGCUCACCGACGAACCUUACAAGCUUUGAUAUUUCAGAUGACAAUCCACUUCAUUUUCCACUUGGUCCCCCUAGUUUGUUUCACCUGGGCAAUUAUUUUCAGAACAAAUAAUGUUAUAUUUUUAACGCUUGGACUUUUUAUCUGGGCGUUGCAUGGAGCAGCGUGUACAGCUGGAAUCAUUGUAGUGAACAAACCAUUUCGAUUGGCGACGAAAAAUCAUUUGAAAUAUUUGUUCUGUUGUCUGCACGGUAAAGAAUCCCAACCGACAAGUGCGUUCAGAAGAAAAGAUUCAACAACUGUUAUUCAAAAAAUUGAUUUUUCAACCUGA